ACCUUAUUGGCUGAAAAAUGCGCGCCCAGGAUCUUUUGGUGGUUCUUUUCAUUUCAACGAACCAUAAAAAUAAGGAUAAUUCAAAAAAAAUUGUCUCUGCCAGAAACCUCAUCUCCGUUUCUCCCACUCAUGGCUAUCUGAGAAAAAAUCUUCUCUUCAAUUCCUCCCUUUCUUUCAAAACCCUCAUAUCAAGCAAAAUCCAUGGCGAGAAUUUUGAUUUCAUCACAGCCGUUUAUCGGCACUCCUCUUCCAUCAUCGUCAAUCUCUCGCCAUGGUGGCCUUCAUACGCUUCCUAACCGUAGACUCGCCUCCACUAGAGUCCGUCUCAGUUACAACGGAAUCCCUCCGGUUCCCUCUUUCGAUUCUUCCGUCGAUUUCCAAGCACUUUUUACCAAAGCCGAGAGAUUACUAUACACUCUCGCCGACGCUGCUGUCGCGGCCGAUCCCGCCGCCGGGUCUACCGACGCUGCCGCGCAAAAAAAUGGCGGCUGGUUCGGCUUCAUCUCCGAUUCGAUGGAAUUCGUUCUCAAGGUGUUGAAAGAUGGAUUAUCGGCGUUACAUGUGCCCUACGCGUAUGGAUUUGCGAUUAUUUUGCUUACGGUUAUAGUUAAGAUCGCUACAUUUCCUUUGACAAAGCAGCAGGUGGAAUCAACACUAGCUAUGCAAAAUCUUCAACCGAAAAUUAAAGCUAUCCAACAAAGAUAUGCUGGCAAUCAGGAAAGAAUACAACUCGAAACAUCUCGCAUGUAUAGGCAGGCUGGGGUUAAUCCUUUGGCAGGUUGCUUCCCUACUUUAGCCACCAUUCCAGUCUGGAUAGGCCUGUAUCAAGCUCUUUCAAAUGUGGCAAAUGAGGGACUGUUGACAGAAGGUUUCUUUUGGAUCCCUUCUUUGGGUGGACCAACUACAAUUGCUGCUCGACAAAGUGGGUCUGGAAUUUCUUGGCUUAUUCCAUUUGUGGAUGGCCAUCCACCAUUGGGUUGGCAUGACACUGCUGCAUACCUUGUGUUACCUGUGCUUCUUGUUGUCUCUCAAUAUGUUUCAAUGGAGCUCAUGAAGCCUCCCCAGACAGGUGAUCCGGCCCAAAAGAACACACUUCUUGUUUUCAAGUUUCUUCCAAUUAUGAUCGGUUACUUUGCAUUAUCUGUUCCAUCAGGAUUAUUAAUUUAUUGGUUUACGAACAACGUCCUUAGCACCGCACAACAAGUGUGGUUACGCAAGUUAGGUGGUGCAAAACCUGUUGUUGAUGAGAGUGCAAGUGGAAUUAUUACCGCAGGACGUGCAAAAAGAUCAGCUGCUCAGCCAACACGGCCCAGGGAUAGGUUCAGACAGUUAAAAGAAGAAGAGAAGAAGAAGAAAGUAAGCAAGGCUCUGCCAGCAGAAGAGGUUCCGACUCUAGAUUCUGCAUCUAAUUCUGAUGAGGAAUCGGAUGAAAAGACAAAGGUCAAGGACAGCAAUGAAGGAACAAAUAAUGACAUUGAAAGCUAGUCAUCUUUAGGCAGAGCUGAAGUUAGCCUGCCACCGCAUGUUUAUGGCAGCUUGACUUUGUGGUGUUAUUAGGUGGGUCCCACUGGUGCGAAAUCCAACAUUGAUUGAACUAUGUAGUAAAAUUAAAACAUUUUCUUCUGUGAGUAUGUGUGCAAACAUGAGUAUGCUAUUAACAUGGGGAGGAUUAAUUGGUAAAUGAGGGGACAUUAACUGCAAGUCUGCAACCAGACAUUACUUGUCUUGUAUAAAUUAAUUUUGUUUAGAUGGCUGUAGUUAGCUUUAAAACAGCAUUGGUCAUUCUCUUGUUCCAAACUUGAAGAAUAAAUGUAAAAUUGAAUUACAUAUUUCAAUUGUAACUAUCUAUACAGGUAUUGAGAGGUUUGGCUUUGCUAUGUCAAGAAACAUAAAACUUUAGGCUUUUAGGUAGAAGGUUGGUAUGUUGAUAUGUAGGUGUGAUGUUGUUUUCUAAUAUUUCAUCAUUUGACAUUGUAUCAACUACAGCUGUUGGAUUAAUGCAAGUCUAAACC